GGGAGGGCAUCACAUGCGACAAGCGGAAAGGUCACGUGAUUGGCCUUGAUCUUACCAGUAAUUGUCUUAAAGCCAAUCUAACUACAAAUAGUAGUCUCUUCCGCCUUGAGAAAUUGCAAAGUCUCAACCUGUCUUACAAUUAUUUUCAUUACCCUAAUAUGUCAUUUGGGUUCGACCGUUGGAAGAGUUUGACAUAUCUUAAUCUUUCAUGUUCAGAUUCAGGACGCAGGGAUGGCUCUCUCCUGUUUGAUGAAAUCUUCUUGCCACCAAAAUUGGUUUCACUCGAUCUCUCUUCUAAUUAUAAUCAUGAUUUGCUUCUUGACAACAUAAAGUUUCAAAUGCUUGUGCAUAACUUAACAGAAUUAAGGUUUCUUAUCCUUAAUUCUGUGAAUAUGUCUCUGGUUGUGCCUUCUUCCUCGCUAAACUUGGCUUCUUCCUUGGAGCAUUUGAGCCUUCGCUCUUGUAAUUUGCAAGAAAACUUUCUGAGCCAAGUUUUUCAGCUAAAGAAAUUGGUCUCACUCGAUCUCUGCUAUAAUUAUGAUUUGUCUCUUGACAACAUAAAGUUUCAAAUGCUUGUGCAUAACUUAACAGAAUUAAGGUUUCUUAUCCUUGAUUAUGUGAAUAUGUCUCUGGUUGUGCCUUCUUCCUCGCUAAACUUGACUUCUUCCUUGGAGCGUUUGAGCCUUCGCUCUUGUAAUUUGCAAGGAAACUUUCUGAGCCAAGUUUUUCAGCUGAAGAAAUUGGUCUCACUCGAUCUCUCUGAUAAUUAUGAUUUGUUUCUUGACAACAUAAAGUUUCAAAUGCUUGUGCAUAGCUUAACAGAAUUAAGGUUUCUUAUCCUUGAUUCUGUGAAUAUGUCUCUGGUUGUGCCUUCUUCCUUGCUAAACUUGACUUCUUCCUUGGAGCAUUUGAGCCUUUGCUCUUGUAAUUUGCAAGGAAAUUUUCCAAGCCAAGUUUUUCAGCUGAAGAAAUUGGUCUCACUUGAUCUCUCUGAUAAUGAUGAUUUGUUUCUUGACAACAUAAAGUUUCAAAUGCUUCUGCAUAGCUUAACAGAAUUAAGGUUUCUUAUCCUUGAUUUUGUGGAUAUGUCUCUGGUUGUGCCUUCUUCCUUGCUAAACUUGACUUCUUCCUUGGAGCAUUUGAGCCUUCACUCUUGUAAUUUGCAAGGAAACUUUUUUACAUCAAUCUUCAACCUCACUAAUCUUACUUAUUUGAGACUGUCAUCAAAUAAGCUAAGAGGGCCUCUUCCUCGCAAUAUAAGUGGACUCUCAUUUUUACAAGAGUUUCAAAUGGAUAAUAAUUUCAUCACAGGUCAUGUACCAUCUUGGUUGUUUUCUUUGCCUUCUUUAUCCCUUUUAAACCUCCAAAAUAAUAGACUUACCGGACCUAUUGAUCAUAUUGAGAUGCCUAAUCUCAUUUUACAAGAAGUCUAUUUGUCCGAUAAUGGGAUAAGUGGUUCAUUUCCUAGCUUUUUCUUUCGUCUUGUGAAUCUCACCAGGGUCGACCUUUCUUCAAAUAAUUUAAGUGGCACCAUUACAGCCAACAUGCUUUCAAAACUUGUAAACCUUUGGGAUCUGGAUCUUUCCAAUAACAGUUUGUUGUCUUUGAGCAAUAAUAACACUGGUGUCAACUAUUCCUUUCCGAACCUCUUGUCUUUAAAAUUCUCUUCUUGCAACAUACACAAGUUCCCAAGUUUCUUAAAGAAGGCAGAGAGAUUGGAAGUAUUGGAUAUUUCCAAGAACAAGAUUUCUGGUCAAAUUCACAAAUGGGAAAUAGAAGGGAUGUCAUUGGUCAGUUUAAACCUUUCUUAUAACUUCUUGACUGGUAUAGAUUUGUUUGCUUUUGAAAAUCUUACCCAGGUUGACCUCAGUUCCAACUUACUACAAGGAUCACUUCCCAUUCUAUCAACAACUUCGGAUUUUGUGAAUCUCAUCAUUUCAGGGAAUAAUUUGAUUGGCGAAAUCCCUUAUUCUUAUUGCAAUUUGACUUCUCUUAAUGUUCUAAUCUUAGCUAAUAAUAGUUUGGGAGGAAAAAUUCCAGAAUGUCUUGGAAACUUGAGUGAUCUCUCCAUCUUGGAUUUGCGGAUGAAUAAGUUUCAUGGUAUGAUACCAAAUUCUUUUGUCAAUGAGAGUCAACUGAUGACUCUUAACCUAUAUGGCAACCAGUUGGAGGGGAUACUGCCACGGACUUUGGGCUAUUGCAGACUUUUGCAAGUUCUUGAUGUGGGGAACAACUACUUGAAUGACACCUUUCCUCAUUGGUUAGGUGUUCUUUCAGAGCUAAAAGUUCUCAUCCUUCAAUCCAAUCGAUUUCAUGGUGCCAUUUACAACUCUACACCUGCAUUUUACUUCCCUGAGUUGAGAAUCAUUGAUGUCUCGCAUAAUGACUUCACGGGUCUCCUGCCGAGUAGCUGUUUAAAAAAUUUGACAGUUAUGAGAUAUGUACAUGAAGAGAAAGAGGAAGGUGAAUUUUUUUAUAUGGGUGUACCUUUUGAUACCAUUUUGUCAAACACUGUUCCUUUCUCUUACUAUGAUGAUUCUGUGAUGGUAAUACUGAAAGGUUCAUACGUGGAGCUGACGAGAAUCCCGAUGGCUUUCUCAACUAUUGAUUUCUCUAGUAAUAGAUUCCAUGGACCCAUUCCUGAAGAGCUGGGAGAACUCAAAUCACUUCAUUUGCUAAACUUGUCUCACAAUAGUCUCACUGGUCAUAUUCCAUCAUCUUUGGGGAAAAUGACAGAGCUUGAAUCACUAGAUCUCUCAUCAAACAAGCUUGAUGGUAGGAUUCCUGAGGAGUUGACAAGUUUGACAUUCCUUUCAGUUCUGAACCUUUCACACAACAAACUUGAAGGUGACAUUCCUCAAGGGAAGCAGUUCAAUACUUUCUCAAAUGAUUCCUACAUUGGAAACUCUAGGUUGUGUGGAUUCCCAUUGACAAAGAAAUGCCACAACGAGGAAGAACCAAGAGCACCUCCAUCAAAAUUUGAUGAAGAUGAUGACUGUGCAGCACUAUUUAAUUGGAAGUUUGCAGUGGCGGGUUAUGGAUGUGGGCUGGUGUUGGGACUUAGCCUCGGAUACAUCGUGUUCGUAACAGGAAAACCAUGGUGGGUGGUGAAGAAGGUGGAAAAAUAUCAACAGAAAUUUGUUAUAAGGUGCACCCAUCGGCAUAAGAAGAGAAAAACCCAAAAACCCAACCAACGCUCUUAGGUGAGUUUCUACAGCCUCUUUUUAUUUG